AGAGACGGAAAGCACAAAGCGCGCGCACAAGAUACAGAGCAAAGCAACACACACAGCAGAGCAGGACUGCACUGAGACCAGCACACAGACAGACACAGCACACACGUGCGCGAUGUUUGACGAGGAGGUGCACUCUGGGCGGGGGACCCACGGGUUGUCGUCGUCGUCGUCGUCAUCUACAACUUACUCUGCGACGUCGCCGUCCGGCAACCGCGGCAUCUACGCUGAUGGCCGCGAUUGCUGCUCCGUCUUCUCCUUCUUCCUGCGCGGCCUCCUCUACCUCUGCUUGGGCGUCGCAGGAGCUGUUGGUGCCGCCGGCAUGGCUUCCCUGAACAAGAAAUACAACGGCGGCUGUGUGUACAACCAGAAGCACCCGGACCAGUCUGGCAACUGCGACUUUAUCCUCUAUUCCCACGUUGGCCUCUGCGUCAUCGCCUUUCUCUUCCUCGCAAUCACUGCCAUCAACAUCUGCCGCUCCAGCUUUGGCCGGUCCAAGUUUGUUGGCUUUGAGCUGUCCAUCGCCGUCUCCGCCUUUGUCAUCAUGCUUGCUGUCACCGGCAUUCUCACCUCAAACCUCUCCAAGCUGUGCGGCAAGCAGUCGCUGAACGAGUGCGUGAACAACCUUGAGCAGGACAACCGCAGUGCGUCUCGAUACAUCCUCAUCAGCGGCUUUGGCACCUGGAUUGCUACCCCGCUCUGGUUCGCCCUCACCAUCGUCCUUGUCCUCCGCCUGCGUCGGGCCAUCAAGGCGCCAAAGCAUGACGACUACCAGUUCAACAACCCCAUCAUCACCUAAUUCACGUCACAACACAGUGCGCGCCUUCCUUCCCAUUCUUGUUGUUGUUGUUGUUGUUGUUGUUCUUCUUCUUCUUCUUCUUCUGCUGUUUUCUCCCGCUUUCUCUCCCCCCUCUGCCGUAUUCCCGCUGCCGUUACUUUCUUUCCACGAGAGGGAGGGAGGGAGGGGGGUUAUCGUUUCACUGCCCGCUUUCCAUGUUGGUGGUGCGUUCAUCCAUCCAUGUUGGUGGCUCAGUCCAUGAUGCACACCCAACACACGCGCACGCACAUUCACUGUCACCGUUGCUGAAUUUCGUUGAUUCCAUUCAUAAAAGAC